UACAUGAUUUAAAAUAUGAAAACAUGCUUUUGCUCAGAAAUUCGCUGAAGAAAAUUUCCUUAGUUACCUGUGAAUCACCAGUUUCUUUAUCACUGCUCAAGAGGUGCACUUCAAAUUGUGUUAUCUCUUCGGGGCGUUACUCUUAGAGCUCUGCAUUAUAUUGAGCUGUUUACUCCAGCAGGUUGAUCUUAUCAAUCAGGAAGGUGGGACAAUACGAUACAAAUGAAAAAUCUAGCGUUGGCGAAAGUUCUGCGGAAAAAAGUACUGUUUAUAGUGCAAAGUGAAACUGGUCAAAGUUCCGCCAAAUACAUGAACUCUCAUUUCGUUGCAACGAAGUCAAGCCUUGAAAAUCUGUAAAAUCUAAUGCAGAAUCAAGAGGAAGACAAAUUUACUUUCACGUGGGCUAUAGAGCAUUCUAGCAUGGGUCCUCAUUCGGUAUGUGAAGAUCUUCAGAGCCCGGAAUUUACCUUCAAUUCUUUACCCAGCAUCAAAUGGCAGAUAAGUUUGCGUAAUUCCGUAUCUGACAUUGUCGAGGAAUGUAAAACAUUUUUUACCCUUUGCAAAAGUGGUACCGUUCUGGAAAGCUUUAAAAUAUGCAGCAGCUGUGAAUUACUAACGUCCGACAAAAGGUCUAUUGUGAGUUUUAAUCAAACUACCAACGUGUUUACAAAUGCGGCAUCGGCAAGCCUGGGCAGUUAUCAAAGCGGUUCUCUCUUAAAAUCUCUGAUAAACGAUAUUUUGAUCAUAAAAUGUACUUUCAAGCUUAUAAAAGAGACAGAUGAAAAAGAGACAUUCCCAGGAGUUCCUUACCGAAACGGAUUGCUCACGGAUGUCGUAUUACGUGCGACUGGCACGGAUUUCAGAGUCCAUAAAGCGAUUUUAUGGGCAAGGUGGCCCAAACUAGCGGAAAAACUGGAUGCAGAAAAAAUUAACAAGCUUGUUUUGGAUAUUAAGCCGAAUGUACUGGAGGCAGUUGUCAAAUACGUUUACACCGGAAGGAUGGAUUUCGGCGGAGGCGAAUCCUCAACAGAAAUCGUAGCGGCUGCUAUAAAAUAUGAGCUUCCCCAUUUGAUAUGUGCACCUAUUGUGGCCCAGAACUGUCUGACGCACAUAAAUAUAAACAAAGUAUCAUUUGAGUGGCCAAUCCAGAAUUUCUGCAGCCUGCCUGUCAACACAGUGCUAUACAGUCACGUGUUCACAGUGGGUUGUGUGAAGUUUUGCAGAUGGUAUUUAAUCUUUCAUUUGCGCGAAGAUGCCGUUCGAGGUGUAAUCUUCGACGUAUCCCUUUGCAAAUCAGGUAGCGAUGCAUCGCCACGGAUUUUCGUACGAAGUAACAUAUCCUUCGGUGGUAUUACUUCGUCGGAAAAUGAGCACAUAUUCAAAAAGGAUGAAAGCUGGAUGUGUGCAGAAUUUUCACGCAAUGUGCUUAUGGAUCCAGAGAAUAUAUUGACUCUUAAAUGCACGUUAAUGUUUUCGGAUUGCACAUCUGAUUCCAAAGUUGUAGAAUGUUCUUAUGGAUUUGCACCGUCCGUAAGUUGUAGGUAUUUUCGCAGCGACAUGGCAGAUCUUUACCAAAGCCGCAAAUCGUCGGAUGUGGACAUUGUCGUCGGUUUGGAAACAUUUCGCGCUCAUAAGUUCCUUCUCUGCGCUCGAUCUUCAGUGUUUUCCGAAAUGUUCGUGACGAAGAGCAACAGACCGUCGAAGAAGAACUCCGUCGAAGUUUCUGCUGUAGAUUCUUUAAUAAUGGAUACAAUGCUUCGCACUCUGUACUCUGGAAAUAUAGAUUUCAGAUUUUUACCGAUAGAAAAAGUUAUGGAACUGUAUACAGUAGCUGAUAAGUAUGAUAUUUCUUUCCUAAAGAAAAUUUGUUCUUCCAAUCUGAAAUCGAGUCUCAUUAUCGAAAAUGUUGUCCGGAUUUUGCGAUUUGCCGAUCAGCAUUCCGAUGACGAUUUGUAUGAUAAUGUGUUCGAAUUCAUCAGUUCACACGCAGAACUGGUUUGUUCUACCGAGGAGUGGAAGGAAAUCUGCGAUAAUAAUAUGUAUACGAAACUUUUCGAGAAGGCAGUAGUAUUUAAUAGUCCUAAAAAGUAAUUUACAUAAAAAUGUGAGAGGAUUUGUAUGAUUCUGCUAUGUCUAUAAACUUGUGUUAAUGUUCGACUUAACUAAUAAGGAGUUUUCCUCGUAGUCUCAAGCAAUGAUAAGUUAAAAUAGUAUUUUUAUUUAACUCUUAAAUGGGCAGAAAGUACUGCUUAUGUGACGCACGAAACUCCGCUAUUUACAGGUAUUUAAAACUAAUCUGAGACGUAGUCCGAGACAAAAAGCACAAAAAUAAACUACUUCAACUGGAUCAAGGUAAUUACCGGCGCGUAUUUCAAAUAUCGGCCAGCAAGAUGCUAAAGCCGGAGUGAAACUUUGGCCUAGUUGGCGACAGAAAGUAGCACCUAGACGAGUUUGCUAGAAGUUUUACCACUAAAUAUUCUAAUUCUCAAUUUAAAUACACAGUAACUAAUUUGCAUUCUGUUGAGGAUUAGAAAAGAAAGAGUUAUGGUAUAGGUUCAACUUAUAAUAAUUGGUUACUUAACCUAAAAUCUUACAAAUUAUAUAAAAAGCUUUUUUUAUACUCUAACAGGACGUGGCAGUUUACAUUAAUCUAGCAGAUAGAUUUAUGAGAAAAUUUUAUUUUUCUAAAUAUAGUUAAAAUUUAAAACUAUUCUUUUAAAUCUGAAUUUAUAACACGGACACGUAGAUUAUUGAAUAUAAAAUUUACAUGUUUCUUGGCAAAUAUUAAAAAUCUGAGUGCAAAUUAUAAGAUUCCGCAAAUUAAUUCCUUUUUUUUUUUUUUUUUAAAUAUGAUGUAUGACUAUUGUGAAUAUAUGAGUUCAUUAGUUUAGGAAUGUUUAAAAAUAAUGUUUCACCUAUAAUGUUCCACUGCGUUUUAUAAUGUAUAAUACAAUUAAAAAACGUUUAUAUUAAUGCAAUGUGUUAUUAUCAUCGUACUUUCAUUUAAUAUGCAAUUUUAGAUUUCAGUUUACUGCUACAUAAUAAUUCCUUUACAAAACUUACUUCGAGAUAUACAAAGCUUCUAUUAUUUACCGUUUAUUUCUUUCAUGAAUUUGCUCCUGAAGAUUUGAAUGUUUAUAAUUCUUUAGCUGUUCUUAGCAUUUUUUAAAUUGUAGGUCCUUUUGAAUCCUUUAUUCUGAUAAUAUUAGCCAGAAUCCAAACUGUACUUAUGAGGCUGGUAUCAUACAUCCAAUUAUUUCAGACCAACAACAAGCUACUUUACCACUAUAAGAAAGACGCACGAUAUUUUCCUUUCUUUCGCAAAAAAUUAUAAGUUGCUCGGUUUUAACAACCAACCAGUUGUCAGUAUUGAAUUCUCCACCAUCGACCGUCAUUUGUAAUAGAGAACUACUUUGCUCUUUACAUGGAAACUCCAAAACGAUCCGUAGUGAUUGGGUGUUCCAUAUCAUGUGACAAAGCGGAAAAAUUAUUCUAAAGAGUUGUUCCUCCGAAAUGUUUUUAGUGUGUGAUAAGACUUUAACGAAAUAUGUGCAUGAAAUAUCCCUUUAAGAAGUUAUUUCUCUUUCUUUAAUAUUUAAUUGUAAGAGUUAAAGAAAUAUAAAUACCAUUAUGAUAUA